UAGUUUUCUAUAAAUACAGUAGCUGCUCCAUUUUUCCGCAUUAUAGUUCGCAGAGAAGCGAAAUAUACUUGUGUUUCGAGGAGUUUGCAAAUUUAUCAUCGAAGGAAAGAUGCAGAUCUUCGUGAAGACCCUCACCGGCAAGACCAUCACCCUUGAGGUUGAGCCAAGUGACACCAUUGAGAAUGUCAAGGCCAAGAUCCAGGACAAAGAAGGCAUUCCCCCAGAUCAGCAGAGGCUGAUCUUUGCUGGCAAGCAGCUGGAAGAUGGCCGCACCCUGUCCGACUACAACAUCCAGAAGGAGUCCACUCUCCAUUUGGUGCUGCGCCUGAGGGGUGGCAUGCAGAUCUUCGUGAAGACCCUCACCGGCAAGACCAUCACCCUUGAGGUUGAGCCGAGUGACACCAUUGAGAAUGUCAAGGCCAAGAUCCAGGACAAAGAAGGCAUUCCCCCAGAUCAGCAGAGGCUGAUCUUUGCUGGCAAGCAGCUGGAAGAUGGCCGCACCCUGUCCGACUACAACAUCCAGAAGGAGUCCACUCUCCACUUGGUGCUGCGCCUGAGGGGUGGCAUGCAGAUCUUCGUGAAGACCCUCACCGGCAAGACCAUCACCCUUGAGGUUGAGCCGAGUGACACCAUUGAGAAUGUCAAGGCCAAGAUCCAGGACAAAGAAGGCAUUCCCCCAGAUCAGCAGAGGCUGAUCUUUGCUGGCAAGCAGCUGGAAGAUGGCCGCACCCUGUCCGACUACAACAUCCAGAAGGAGUCCACUCUCCACUUGGUGCUGCGCCUGAGGGGUGGCAUGCAGAUCUUCGUGAAGACCCUCACCGGCAAGACCAUCACCCUUGAGGUUGAGCCGAGUGACACCAUUGAGAAUGUCAAGGCCAAGAUCCAGGACAAAGAAGGCAUUCCCCCAGAUCAGCAGAGGCUGAUCUUUGCUGGCAAGCAGCUGGAAGAUGGCCGCACCCUGUCCGACUACAACAUCCAGAAGGAGUCCACUCUCCAUUUGGUGCUGCGCCUGAGGGGUGGCAUGCAGAUCUUCGUGAAGACCCUCACCGGCAAGACCAUCACCCUUGAGGUUGAGCCGAGUGACACCAUUGAGAAUGUCAAGGCCAAGAUCCAGGACAAAGAAGGCAUUCCCCCAGAUCAGCAGAGGCUGAUCUUUGCUGGCAAGCAGCUGGAAGAUGGCCGCACCCUGUCCGACUACAACAUCCAGAAGGAGUCCACUCUCCACUUGGUGCUGCGCCUGAGGGGUGGCAUGCAGAUCUUCGUGAAGACCCUCACCGGCAAGACCAUCACCCUUGAGGUUGAGCCGAGUGACACCAUUGAGAAUGUCAAGGCCAAGAUCCAGGACAAAGAAGGCAUUCCCCCAGAUCAGCAGAGGCUGAUCUUUGCUGGCAAGCAGCUGGAAGAUGGCCGCACCCUGUCCGACUACAACAUCCAGAAGGAGUCCACUCUCCACUUGGUGCUGCGCCUGAGGGGUGGCAUGCAGAUCUUCGUGAAGACCCUCACCGGCAAGACCAUCACCCUUGAGGUUGAGCCGAGUGACACCAUUGAGAAUGUCAAGGCCAAGAUCCAGGACAAAGAAGGCAUUCCCCCAGAUCAGCAGAGGCUGAUCUUUGCUGGCAAGCAGCUGGAAGAUGGCCGCACCCUGUCCGACUACAACAUCCAGAAGGAGUCCACUCUUCACCUUGUCCUUCGUCUUAGGGGCGGACAGUAAAUGUCCUGUGUUCUUAAUGCCCCAGGCUAUACCCAACAGCAGUUUUCCUGACUUUUGCUAUAAAUCCCCUUUUUAAGUUACCAGCCCUUUUUCCACUUUUUUUUUGUUGUUGUUGUUGAUGUUGAACUGUGAAGGUGUUAAUAAAAGCAUUGAAAAUGUAUUUUAUUAUUAA